UCUCCGGUUGGCACGCUUCGCACUCAUACGCUUGGCCCCUUGAAAGAGUUUAGUGGGGGCCGCUGGUGCCAACAACCUACCUACCUAUAUUAUAACCUUCAGUCGACACCCGGUGGCAAAUUCCGUGUCUAUACCUGCCCACCACCCCCCCGUCGGCGUCAUUCUCCCUUUGACGUCCAAUCGCGAACAAGCACAUUAUGUUCAUGCACCCUGCUGCACGUAAGGGUUUGAUCACUGAACCAACUUCCAUCCCGUAUCUCAACUACCAAGAUCCCGUUUGCAUACAAGACGACCAGAUCCUCGACUACUCUCAAGAGACCGCUCUCCACUUUCUCGGCCAACAACAACCUCGACUGCAGACUCCUUUCCAGUACCAGCCGGAUUUGCAGUUCGUCUCUCCGCCGUCUUCCGCUCCCUCCUCCCCUACUUCCUCACCCGCCUCCACCAUUUCCCACUAUCCUGCGACAACAGCGGUUGCCGCAGAUUACUCUUCUGCCGUCUUUGACGGCAAUUCCUUCGAGGCCCCUUCGAUGACACCUUCCUCCUCCUACAACCCUUCCAUCAACAUCCAUCACUCGGCAUCACCACCUUCACAAGCCUACCUUCCCCAAUAUACUCAGCCGUACUACUUCAACGGUAACCCGAUGUUGGCACAACAAUCUGUCGCGAACAACCACGGUUGGGAAGGCAACUUGCAGCUGUUGGGCCCAGCUCGCCUCCAGAACAAUUUACUGAAAGCCUCUGCUAGUCCAUCAUCGAGCCGAUCUGCACCUGCUGGCAGUUCUUACUCGAGGACAAACGGUGUGGCCAAGCCUCUGCCUACUCCCGUCCAGACCCCCGUCCAGACCUUCCAAGAUGGUAGCCAGACCGACGCCGAUCUUGCUAUGAGACGGGCCUUCCUAGAGCAGCAGCAGCAGCAGCAACAGCAACAGCAACAGCAAAAGCAAUCUCGUCACCAGCAUCAGUCUAGCGACUACUCACUAGCGCCUUCUGUAUCGAGCGUGAGUCACAACUCGCCAGUGACUCCUCACACGGGCUUCGAAGACCUUGAUGACGCAUCGAAGGCGAUUGUAAAUGGUGAGAACCGGUUUCCCGACGUAGACAAGUGGAUGGAUGAUUACUUACGCCUCGAUGCGCUUUCAGACUACACCAACCACAACGCGAACAACAACAUGACCAUUGGCAUUCCCAAGCUCAACCGCACGAUUUCCGACAUUUACCAGGACGAGCUUUACAACCCCGCCAUGAUGUCUACUCCGCAGAUGGCUAAGCCCGCGACGAACCAGCAAAAUCUCCUGACACCGUCGUUCCGGAAUGUGAUUGCCGAUCGCCUUCAGGCUGCCAACCAGGGCCACUUGACCGCACGGUCCCAGUCUCCCAUGGUGAGCAUGCCGCGCGAUCGCUCGCCCUUCCGUCAGAACUCUCCCCUGGCCGCUGAGUACAACCAUGCGGCUUUGCAACAGCCUCAGAUGGCCACCAGCGCCCCUACAUCUCAAAAUGGGGUGAACAUGGGCCAGGCGGCUCAGGGAGAGCCCAAGACGAUGUCUCCCAAGGAUGCACUGUUGGACUUCAACGAGGGCGACGAUACUGGAUUGCCUCUGUUCCCCCCUUCGUCACAGCCCGACUUCAAUCUGGGCGAUGCGCUGGGCGGACUCCGUCGGGAGAGUUCCGGCUCAUUCCAGCCGACUCAAAAUUUCACAUCGAUGGAGUCGUUCCCCAGCCAGUACGCUACGCAGGGUACAUCCCAGCAGUUCCCCUUUGGUCAACAGCAGCAGAACCACCGCCAGCCACAGCAACAUAACACCAAUCUGCUGCACCAGACUCCCGAGUUCCCCGCAUCUCUUCCUCGGUUCGACUCUACGGGUAGUGAUGUGCUGCCCUCGACUGAGAUGACCUCCCCACAGGCAUCGGCGAAGAUGCCGAUGCAGGCACCGCCGGUCAAGGAAGAGAUCAGUCGACCGGAGAAUACCUCGGCCGACGGAGGUACCUACACCUGCACAUACCACGGCUGCACCCUACGCUUUGAGACUCCGGCCAAGCUACAAAAGCACAAGCGUGAGGCGCACCGUCAGACCACCCCUGGCGGUCAUCUGGUCACUCGCGAUACGUCGGCCCGCAAUUCGCAGGCCGGACCACACAAGUGUGAGCGCAUCAAUCCGUCUACGGGCAAGCCGUGCAACUCUGUGUUCUCACGGCCCUACGAUCUUACCAGGCACGAGGACACGAUCCACAAUGCUCGCAAGCAAAAGGUGCGGUGUCAUCUGUGCACGGAGGAGAAGACCUUCUCGCGCAAUGAUGCGCUCACCCGGCACAUGCGCGUGGUGCAUCCGGAGGUUGACUGGCCCGGCAAGCAACGGCGCAGAGGGCGGGAGUGAAGCUUGAGUGGAUCAGCUCCAGUUUCCAGCCCCCCUUCUUUUUUUCCCUUCCCCCACUCCUCCCUCUCUGAAUUUCAAUUGAGAGGUAAGCCAGGGGGGGGGGGGUGUGGUGUGUGCGGAGGAUG